AUGAUUGAUAACCGUAGCGAAGAAAUGCAACAACUGACCAUGGCAGAGACUGUGAAACAAUUAACGAGUGCAUUGACGCAGCCCUUCUUGGAGAUAGUGGAUGAGAUUACAGAGGACUUUAUGUACCCUCGUGGGUUGACGACGUCUCCUGCUAAAUUAAUGUUAAAUGAAGAAAGUUUGCUGCCAGAACACGUUGUGAAGGACGAUACUUAUAAGUUUGGUCAUCCGAUCAUAUUUGAACUUAUUGCAUUACGUAUUAAGAUUACUAAAUUACGGGCAUUAGAUGUGAAGGAGUUUACAACGGUAGACAAUGGCUUUGUAGGGUCAAAUGCACAAAAGAGGUUAGUUGACAUAGAAUUAAUAAUGUACCAUAUCCAUAAGAAAUUGAACCAUGAUAGGCUGGUGCUGUCGAGGUUCCGUAUUUACAAUGGUAUCCUUGUAGCAAGCGAACCUCAAUUCGAAAGUGUAUUUGAAAUGUUUGGCACUUUGGAUGUAUUAGUAGGCUAUCUAACAAAGAGUUCUCAAGUGAAAGGAUCUGUUACAGAACAGGUCCUUGAAUUUUGUGAUAAUGCUGGCCAAUUAUACAAGGAUACUUUAUUAUCAUCGAGUGGUUACAAAGAUUACUGUGAAUUUCAACAAGAACAAAAUGUUGGUAAAUCAUUAGCAAAAUUAUCAAUAGAAGAUCAAGCGUUGUAUACCUUCUUGAACGAUAGAAAGGCUUUGCUACAUAUAACCAAUAGGAAAAUCUUUUAA